AUGGAAAGCGAAGAACAUCCUAAGCCCGCAAUAGCACCCGUGUCCGGUACUAGCGAUGGAAGUCCGCCGCACAUAACGGAGAAGCGGUCCAUUCCGGAACAGCCCUUGUCCUCAGUCGAACUGAAGGUGUUCGUAGAGACCGAACCACAAGACAGCGACCAAAGUGGCUUGAAACCGCCUCCACUUUCUGACACGAUCAACCCUUGGAACGAUAUCACCCCUUUGCAGCCAGUGACCAAAGAUGAAGAGACGCAAAGCGGAAUCACCCCGAGCAUUGGCAAGCCAGAGAUGGCACAAGCGCUCCCUGAAUGGCACCCCGCAAACUUCGCCUCGGAGGCUCAAGAGGAUAAACCUGAGGUCAACAAAACGGUGGACCCCUGGAGCGAUAUCACUCGUUUGCCACCGGCGACACCGAAGAAAGAGGAAGCUGCUGACGCAUUACCGCUCUCAAGUUCUUCGUUUACCAAGGCAUCCGUAUCUCCCAUGCUACACCGUGGUAUGAAGCGCACACGCUCCGAAUCUUCUCUAUCUGCGCUUUCCUCCGACUUCGAAGCAAAUUCGAAACCGCCCGUCCCGCCUCAACGUGCUCCCAGUAAGAGGGCCCGAGUUUCUCGAACCAUCAGCCUAGCAUGGCCACUUGAACCUGCAGUUUUUGGGUCUGAGGACCAACAUACGUCCAGCUUCAAAUAUGAUCACCAUAUGGCAACGGCCGAAGAUCCCCCUCUGGAAACUGUGACGUUUCCGACGUAUGAGUUCGACGAGCCUGACGCGGAUGUCGAUAUGCCUCUUGUAGAACUGAAAGCGCCCUUUGUUGAUCAUGACAUUCUCCCGCCCUUCGAGGCCGAUGACGAAGAACCCUCUCGUGGCCUCACCCCUGCCGAAUCUCACGCAACGUCUCCGAGGGCCGGUGUCACUGCGAGACCCACUGUCAGAAUAAAGAAUGAGCCUAUCGACGUGGACGACGAUAUCAUUCUGAAUGCCAUCAACCAUAAUAGCGUGGCCACAAAUGUCAAACUGAAGGCGAAGAAGGAACUAGAGUUCGACGAGAUCACAAUGCAGACGCGCUUUAGUCGAGUCGGCGCGACCGUCCCGUUCGAAGUGCAGGGAGUUCCGGAACUUCUGCAGAACGUGCUGUUCUCGCGCGCGUGUAUGUCCUGGUACUUCGGCGGCUCUCCUCAAGAUAUGUGUCCGACACCCGCCAAAGAAAAGUUCAACCUCCCCGGCAGAGGCAUCAAUAACUUUGCGUUUAUACCCCUUCAUCUGCAUCCUAAUGCGCCAAAGAGACCCGGGGAGCAUGGCGCGAUGCACUGGGGCGUCGAUGGGACCUAUCGACCACCUGACGACUACAUCGCGGACUUCUUGGUGAAUCACAAGCACCUGAUUAGAGUUGAAGAUAAGAAGAAGCCCGUGGUGAAUCAAGAUGACAAGUCUCAACUAUCCGGAGGGAACAUGUACACAGUCCUCGUUGGAGGCGAGAAAGGCGGUUUCAAGGGAAAGAACUCACGUGAUGGAUGGGGCAGUGGCGUCUGCUUUCGUGCCACUUACCGGCGAAGAUAUGACCGAGAUCCCAUGGAGGAAGAAGAGCGUGUUUGGUGGCGUCUGGCAAGAAGUGACGUCAUCAGCUUCGACGAUUGGGUGCCCGAGCCUGAGUGGAUUAAGGAGGACUUCUGCGCCGGAAAGGAGCACUUGUCUGUCGAUGUCUUAAAGUGCGUCGGAUAUGAUGAGUCCUUCAUACGCAGGUCAGCAGUCGUCAUGGAGAACUACGUCAAGAACCCUCCUCCUCCGAAGCCAAAGUCCAAGCCCGGAAAGUCGCAGCGUAAGUCGAACGCCCAAGCCGGUCCCAGCAAGCAGGUGAGUGCCUUGUCAAACACAGCUUUGGUUCCACUCCUACAGCUUGCAACGCAGAAAUCCAACAAGAACAAAGGGAAGCGCCGAGCUGCAUCUCCUGCACAAUCAGACACUGAUCGGGACGACGACUAUGGAGGCGGUGAAGAUGAGGAAGAUGACUUCGGCCAAGUCUAUCAACCACGUCCGACAAAAUCUCGAUCAUAA